AUGGGGCUGCGGCCAGGCGUCUUCCUCUUGGAGCUGCUGCUGCUUCUGGGACAAGGGACCCCUCAGGUCCAUACCUCUCUUGGAAGGAAUACACUGGAAGGGCAGCUAUGGCCAGAGACCCUGAAGAAUUCUCCAUUCCCAUGCAACCCAAAUAAAUUAGGAGUGAAUAUGCCUUCUGAAUCAGUUCACUCUCUGAAGCCUUCUGAUAUUAAAUUUGUGGCAGCCAUUGGCAAUCUGGAGAUUCCUCCAGACCCAGGGACGGGUGAUCUGGAGAAGCAAGAAUGGACUGAAGAAAGGCCACAGCAGGUGUGCAUGGAAGUGAUGACAGUCCUUUCAGACAUCAUCAGACAUUUCAAUCCUUCCGUUCCAAUGCCCGUGUGCCACACUGGAAAGACAGUGGUACCCCACGAUGGUGCCAAUGACUUGUGGAUUCAGGCUCAAGAACUGGUGAGAAACAUGAAAGAUAACCUGCAACUUGAUUUUCAGCUUGACUGGAAGCUCAUCAAUGUGUUCUUCAGUAAUGCAAGCCAGUGUUACCUGUGCCCCUCUGCUCAACAGAACGGGCUUGCGGCGGGCAGCAUGGACGAGCUGAUGGGGGUGCUGGACUACCUGCAGCAGGAGGUCCCCAGAGCGUUUGUAAACCUGGUGGACCUCUCUGAGGUUGCAGAGGUCUCUCGUCGGUAUCAGGGCACUUGGCUCAGCCCUGUGCCAGAGCCCUGCAACUGCUCAGAGGAGACCUCCAGGCUGGCCAAGGUGGUGAUGCAGUGGUCUUAUCAGGAAGCCUGGAACAGCCUCCUGGCCUCCAGCAGGUACAGUGAGCAGGAGUCCUUCACGGUGGUUUUCCAGCCUUUCUUCUAUGAAACCACCCCGUCUCUACCCUCGGAGGACCCCCCACUCCAGGAUUCUACCACACUGGCCUGGCAUCUCUGGAAUAGGAUGAUGGAGCCAGCAGGAGAGAAAGAUGAGCCACUGAGUGCAAAACACAGGAGGCCAAUGAAGUGUCCCUCUCAGUUUUGCAUACAUAGCAGGCCUGAUGUUUACAGCUGUGGGCCACGAGAGCUGUUUCAGCAAAACAGCAGCCCCCUCUAUGCCUGUGGAAGGCAUAGGAACAAGGCCACAGCUCACCUGGCCCCAAAUGCUGCCCCCACGUAUCUCCUCUGGGUCCUGGCCCUCUGCCUCAGAUGCCGUUUCCAGACCUUCCUCUACCUCAGAGUGGCAAAGAAGGGAGGGAUGGUAAGAGAAGGAACAGAAAUCAGAUGUCCUGACAAGGACCCGUCCGAUACGGUUCCCACCUCAGUUCAUAGGCUGAAGCCGGCUGACAUCAACGUAAUUGGAGCCCUGGGUGACUCUCUCACGGCAGGCAAUGGGGCUGGGUCCACACCUGGAAACAUCUUGGACGUCUUGACUCAGUACCGAGGCCUGUCCUGGAGCGUCGGCGGAGAUGAGAGCGUCAGCACCGUUACCACCCUGGCGAACAUCCUCCGGGAAUUCAACCCUUCCCUGAAGGGCUUCUCUGUUGGCACUGGGAAAGAAACCAGUUCUAAUGCCUUCUUAAACCAGGCUGUGGCAGGAGGCCGAGCUAUGGAUUUACCUGUCCAGGCCAGGAGGCUGGUGGACCUGAUGAAGAAUGACACGAGGAUACACUUUCAGGAAGACUGGAAGAUAAUAACCCUGUUUAUAGGCGGCAAUGACCUCUGUGAUUUCUGCAGUGAUCCGGUCCACUAUUCUCCCCAGAACUUCACAGACAACAUUGGGAAGGCCCUGGACAUCCUCCACGCCGAGGUUCCUCGGGCAUUUGUGAACCUGGUGACGGUGCUUGAGAUCGUCAACCUGAGAGAGCUGUACCAGGAGAAGAAAGUCUACUGCCCAAGGAUGAUCCUCAGGUCUCUGUGUCCCUGUGUCCUGAAGUUUGAUGAUAACUCAACAGAACUUGCCACCCUCAUCGAAUUCAACAAGAAGUUUCAGGAGAAGACCCACCAACUGAUUGAGAGUGGGCGAUAUGACACAAGGGAAGAUUUUACGGUGGUCGUGCAGCCGUUCUUUGAAAACGUGGACUUGCCAAAGACCUCGGAAGGAUUGCCUGACAACUCUUUCUUUGCGCCUGACUGUUUCCACUUCAGCAGCAAGUCUCACUCCCGUGCAGCCAGCGCCCUCUGGAACAAUAUGCUGGAGCCUGUUGGCCAGAAGACGACACGUCAUAAGUUUGAAAACGAGAUCAAUAUCACAUGUCCGAACCAGGUCCAGCCGUUUCUGAGGACCUACAAGAACAGCGUGCAGGGUCAUGGGACCUGGCUGCCAUGCAGGGACAGAGCCCCUUCUGCCUCACCCCCUACCUCAGUGCAUGCUCUGAGACCUGCAGACAUCCAAGUUGUGGCUGCUCUGGGGGAUUCUCUGACCGCUGGCAAUGGAAUUGGCUCCAAACCAGACGACCUCCCCGAUGUCACCACACAGUAUCGGGGACUGUCAUACAGUUCGGGAGGGGACGGCUUCCUGGAGAAUGUGACUACCUUACCUAAUAUCCUUCGGGAGUUUAACAGAAACCUCACAGGCUACGCCGUGGGCACGGGUGACGCCAGUGACAUGAAUGCAUUCCUCAAUCAAGCUGUUCCUGGAGCAAAGGCUGAGGAUCUUAUGAGCCAAGUCCAAACUCUGAUGCAGAAGAUGAAAGAUGACCAUAGAGUAAAUUUCCGUGAAGAUUGGAAGGUCAUCACAGUGCUGAUUGGAGGCAGAGAUUUAUGUGACUACUGCACGGAUUCGAAUCUGUAUUCUGCAGCCAACUUCGUUGACCAUCUCCGCGAUGCCUUGGAUGUCCUACAUAGAGAGGUGCCCAGAGCCCUGGUCAACCUCGUGGACUUCUUGAACCCCAGUGUCAUGCGGCAGGUGUUCCUGGGAAACCCGGACAAGUGCCCAGUGCAGCAGGCCAGCAUUUUGUGUAACUGCGUUCUGACCCUGCGGGAGAACUCCCAAGAGCUGGCCAGGCUGGAGUCCUUCAGCCGAGCCUACCAGAGCAGCAUGCGUGAGCUGGUGGAGUCAGGCCGCUAUGACACACGGGAGGACUUUUCGGUGGUGCUGCAGCCCUUCUUCCAGAACGUCCAGCUCCCUGUCCUGGCGGAUGGGCUCCCAGAUACGUCCUUCUUCGCCCCAGACUGCAUCCACCCAAGUCAGAAAUUCCACUCCCAGCUCGCCAGAGCCCUUUGGGCCAAUAUGCUUGAACCACUUGGAAGCAAAACAGAGACCCUGGACCUGAGAGCAGAGAUCCCCAUCACCUGCCCCACUCAGAAUGAGCCCUUCCUGAGGACCCCUCGGAACAGUAACUACACAUACCCCACCAAGCCAGCCACUGAGAACUGGGGCAGUGACUUCGUGUGUACAGAGUGGAAGGCUUCCAAUAGUGUUCCAACCUCUGUCCACCAGCUCCAACCAGCAGACAUCAAAGUGGUGGCCGCCCUGGGUGACUCUCUGACUACAGCAGUGGGAGCUCGACCAAACAACUCCAGUGACCUACCCACAUCUUGGAGGGGUCUUUCUUGGAGCAUCGGAGGGGAUGGGAACUUGGAGACUCACACCACACUGCCCAACAUUCUGAAGAAGUUCAACCCUUACCUUCUUGGCUUCUCUACCGGCACCUUGGAGGGGACAGCAGGACUAAAUGUGGCAGCGGAAGGGGCCAGAGCUAGGGACAUGCCAGCCCAGGCUUGGGACCUGGUAGAGCGAAUGAAAAACAGCCCCGACAUCAACCUGGAGAAAGACUGGAAGCUGGUCACACUCUUCAUUGGGGGCAACGACUUGUGUCAUUACUGUGAGAAUCCGGAGGCCCACUUGGCCACGGAGUAUGUUCAGCACAUCCAACAGGCCCUGGACAUCCUCUCUCAGGAGCUGCCAAGGACUUUCGUCAACGUGGUGGAGGUCAUGGAGCUGGCCAGCCUGUACCAGGGCCAAGGCGGGAAAUGUGCCAUGCUGCCAGCUCAGAACAACUGCACUUGCCUCAGACACUCUCAAAGCUCCCUGGAGAAGCAAGAACUGAAGAAAGUGAACUGGAACCUCCAAAAUGGCAUCUCCAGUUUCUCCUACUGGCACCAAUACACACAGCGUGAGGACUUCACAGUUGUGGUCCAGCCUUUCUUCCAAAACACACUCAUACCACUGAACGAGAGAGGGGACACUGACCUCACCUUCUUCUCCGAGGACUGUUUUCACUUCUCAGACCGGGGACAUGCCGAGAUGGCCAUUGCGCUCUGGAACAACAUGCUGGAACCAGUGGGCCGCAAGACUACCUCCAACAACUUCACCCACAGCCGAGCCAAACUCAAGUGCCCCUCUCCUGAGAGCCCUUACCUCUACACCCUGCGGAAUAGCCAGCUGCUCCCAGACCAGGCUGAAGAAGCCCCCAAUGUGCUCUACUGGGCCGUGCCAGUGGCGGCGGGAGUCGGCCUUGUGGUCGGCGUCAUCGGGACAGUGGUCUGGAGGUGCAGAAGAGGUGGCCGGAGGGAAGAUCCUCCAAUGAGCCUGCGCACUGUGGCCCUCUAGGCCCAGGGGUGGGUCCCUCCCUUGCCACUCUCCUCACUGCCCUCUGCCCCAGCCACUCCCAGCCACCAGGACAUGCUUCGACACCUGGUGCCAUAGGAAGCCCAGGGGAUAGUCACAACUUCUCAGGGCCUGGGCUUCUUCCAGGCCUAUGCUCCUGGAAGGGGUAUAUUUAAAUAAAGUUCAAAGCUGUUUUAUUCCUGGGUUUGCCUGUGUGAAGCACUUGCCUUUCAUCUCUUGUGCAGCCCAGGUGUGGGAACUGCCGCCUUUCGUGGCCUGCCUCCGGCAGGGCUGCCCAAGCCACGGCCAGUCAGAGCCCAAACUGCCUGCCACCAUGAGCAUAUAUCCUCAAAUCACCAAACUCACUAUUUCAAAGGCAGAAAAAACACUGGUCACCAGGUGGUGGCUGGAAUUUUGGAGCUGGCUGGCCACCAUUCAGUCCAAUCCAACACAUACUUAUUAAGCAACUGUUUUGUGUCCAGGACAAUGCGGAGCACUGAGGUGCCUCCUAGGCUGUGCAUGUCACAGCCUGGCCGAGAAGUCAAACUCCUUCAGUAACCAAGAAGCCAUGCAAUGAUGUGUAACUACUAGGGCAUUAGUAGGUAAAUGUGUCUCUUUGUUUUAAAGAAUAGAAAGGGUUCUUCGGGGACAGUUUCUUGGGAGAGCGCAACUUUCACAUGUCAUUUUGAGAAAAAGGAAAAAAAAAUGAUUGAGACACAAA